UCUGCCAAAGACAGAAAAAUAUUAUCAAUUGCAUUUGUGAAGUGCCCAGCCAUCAAAUACUGGGUAUUAUGCCACAUCUCUUCCAGCUGUGCUCUCUAUGCUACACCAGGGAUAGUCAUGAUCUGCCUAGGAAGUUGCAAGGAAUCCCAACGGUUUUCCUCCUUCCACUCUUAUGGUUUUCUACUCCUUCCUCCAUGCCCUCCUUUCCAGACGCAGCUCUUGCUUUUUUUGAUGUGCAGUUCUUUUGUGUGUGUGUUUGUUGUGAUAAAAUAUACACAUAAUAUCUAUCGUCUUUACCAUUUUAAGUGUACAGUUCGGUGGCAUUAAAUUUAUUCACAUGGGGCGCCUGGGUGGCUCAGUCGGUUGAGUGUCCGACUUCAGCUCAAGUCAUGAUCUCACGGUUCGUGGCUUUGAGCCCCACGUCGGGUGCUGUGCUGACAGCUCAGAGCCUGGAGCCUGCUUCAGAUUCUGUGUCUCCCUCUCUCUCUGCCCCUCCCCUGCUCUCUCUCUCUCAAAAAUAAACAUUAAAAAAAAUAUUCACAUGGUUGUGCAGCCCUCACCACCGUCCACCUCCAGAAUUCUUUCAUCUUGUGAAACUGGAACUCUGUCUCUAUUAAACUUAUCUCCCCGUUCUCCUCCCCCUGUCCUAGCCCCUGGCACCCACCAUUCUGCUUUCUGUCUCUAUGAUUGUGACUAUUCUAAGUACCACAUGUAAGUGGAAUCAUACAGUAUUUGCCUUUUCGUGACUGGCUUAUUUCAUGCAGUGUAAUGUCUUUGGGGUUCAUCCAUGUGUAACAUAGUAUAGCAUUUCUUUCCUUUCCAAGGCUGGAUAAUUCCAUUGUAUAUAUAUGCCACGUUUUGUUUAUCCAUUCAUCUGUCAAUGGACACUUGGGUUCCUUCCACAUUUUGUCUGUUGUGACUAAUGCUACUGUGGACAUGCUACUCUUUGAAACUCUGCUUUCAGUUCUUUUGGGUAUAUGCCCAGAACUGGAAUCACUGAAUCAUAUGGUAAUUCAAUUUUUGAUUUUUGAGGAAUCACCAAACUGUUUUCCACAGUGAUUGUAUCAUUUGACAUCUCUACCAACAGUGCACCAGGGUUCCACUUUUUCCACAUCCUCAUCAAUGCUUGUUUUCUGUUUUUUUAGAUAGUAGCCAUCCUAAUGGGUGUGAGGUGGUGUCUUGUGGCUUCCAUUUGCAUUUCCCUAAUGAUUGUGAUGUUGAGCACCUUUUUAUGUGCUACUGGUCAAUUAAAUAUCUUUGGAGAAAUGUCUAUUCAAGUCCUCUGUUUUUCUGCUUUUGUUUUUGUUUUGAAUCAGGUUGUUUGCUUUUUGUAGUUGAGUUGUAGGCAUUUUCUCUAUAUUCUAGAUAUUAAUCCCUUUGAGACAUAUGAUUUGCAAAUAUUUUGGUGUGUGUGUGUGUGUGUGUCUCUCUCUCUCUCUCUCUCUCUCUCUCUCUCUCUUUUUUUUUUUUUUUGCUGCAGCUUUGCUGGAACACGGGGCCCUUCCUAAGUGUGCUAGUUGGGUAAUCCUAGCUGAGCAUAGGUGUGGGUGGGGGCUAUGAUGAAAAUGCCACUGCCACAGCACCCCACCCUCUGUUGAUGCUCAGGGUGUUCCUGGAGUGGACAGAGCUGACAGUGGAAGUUGGUGACUCAAGGGUGAGGUACAGCAAUGGGGCCAACAGCCCUGGGGCCUUGUUUAGAAGGCAGAAUGUAGACUUGAGAAGGAUGAAGACAGAACCACCUGCUGAAGCCUGAGAGAGAAGAAGAGCAGAGUGGAGGGAGGGAAGGGAGAAGAAGUGAGGAAGAAAGGAGGUAAGGCAGCCUCCUUGCUGGCUCUUCCAUCUUUGUGAGUAAUGAUAAUUUUGCAUUCUAAGGGAGGUUCCCUGUCACUCUCACUUGCUCUAACUGAGCUGAGAGUUUUCCUGAACUCCAGGGAGUGGGUGAGGUAGCAGCACUUACUUUGGACAACACUAAGAUCUACCUUGAGUUGACUGGCAGGGGAGGGAGGAGCUUGUAGGAAUGAGUGAUUCAGUUCAGCCAGGGGUAAGGGGUAAGUCAAGAGUCCAGCUGAAUGAAGUGGUCGUUCCUUCAACAAACUCAGUAUGUGCUUUGCAUCACUGAGGUAACACAAGGUGAGAGAAAGAGCACCUGAUCAGAGUUGUAGGGUUCUGGGUUCUGGGUUGGCUUUACAUCUGAUCACACAGGCUGGCCUUGUUCAAAUCCCUUAACUUUUGGGCUUUGGUUUCUUCAACCCUAACUUGAAAAGAUUGGCCUACAUCAGUCAGUAGGCUAUGAUGAAUUACUAGGUUAAAACAUCAGGGGCGCCUGGGUGGCCCAGCAGGUUAAGCAUCCAACUCUUGAUUUCGGCUCAGGUCAUGAUUUCACAGUGCAUAGAAUUGAACACCUCCUCCACACUCUCUUUCUCAAAAUAAAUAAACCUUUAAAAAUUGGAAUAGAAUAGAAAACAUCUUAGUGCACAGUAUUAUUUUUUGAGACUUUUGUUUCAGACAUAAAUAUGGAUGGCAAUUCUGGGCUGAAAUGUAACACUUAUUUCUUAUUGUGGGUUUUAGGUGAAAACUUUUUUUAAAUGUUUAUUUAUUUUGAGAGAAAGAGAGAGUGCGCACGUGCAAAUGGGGGAGGGCCAGAGAGAGGGAGAGAAAGAAUCCAAAGCAGGCUCAACACUGUCAAUGCAGAGGGGACUGCAGUACAGACGAGACUCAAUCUCAUGAAUCAUGAGAUCACAAUCUGAGCCAGUAUUGAGUCUGAUGCUCAACUGACUGAGCCACCCAGGUGCCCUCAGGCAAAAACUUUUAAGAGCACCGGAGAGGUAGAUGAAGUUCCUUUCCAGCAACCACAUUUUUGUAUUUCUAGGUUAGUUAUCAAAUACUCCAAGUACAUAAUAUUUUUAAACAAGUUUUCUCCUCAUCUGUGCACACACACACACACACACACACAGAUUUUUCCAGGGAUCUUCCUUAUUUUUCAUUUUGAGAAAUUAAAAAGAGAUGUGAUCGCAAGGGUAGGAGUGGAAGGCGGAACAAACAAAGAGAAGCAAGUACUUGGCACUGAGUUUCUGGAGGACUGUGGGGUCCAGUGCACCUUUCCUCCUGUAGAUACGGCGGAGGAGCGAUCCACUGAGGCCAGAAGAUGUGUCUUUCCAGUGCCUUCCUGCUCCUCUGCCUUCCGGGCUAUUUCACUCUGAGCAUUCCCAGGAUCUUAAAAGGCACAACGGGAGGAACAUUGGUGAUGGAGUGCCGGUACAAUGUGGGAGAGGAGGGUCACAGGAAGUUCUGGUGCCGAGGGCCCAACUGGACAGACUGUGUCCGAGUCAUUGAAACAGAACAGAUGGCAGGGCAAGAGGUGAGGCGUGGCCGAGUAACCCUUCGAGACAACCCCAGAGAGCACCUUUUCCAUGUGAUCACGGAGGACCUGGAGGAAGGAGAUGCAGACACUUACUGGUGCGGGGUGGACAGGGCCACAAGUGUCCCCCAGGCCCUGGUGGCCGUGACUAUUUUUCCAGGCUCAGCGACAGUAUCAAUGAUGACCACUGAGACAUUGGCCAGCAUGGGAACCCCAGCUCUGACCAGUCACAUGGACAGCCCUGGCCUUCCUGCCUGGCCCUUCUUGUUCUUUGCCAGUUUCCUAUUCCUGGUCUUGCUGAAAGUCAGCCUCUUCCUGAGCUUCAGUUAUGCUGCCAUUUGGUUGGCCUGGCUUCAGCGUCACCUCUGAGGACAAUGGUCUACCCAGCCCAGUGUAACUGCAGCUCACUCCCCAGUGACUCCCUGUCUGGUGACACAGUUCCUGGCCUCUCUGCUCCAAACUCAGCCUGGACCCAUCCCUGGGAUGUGAAGCCAGAAAUGAAUCAGCCCCAGCAGAGACUUUUGUGCCUGGGCAUUGAGUCAUCUUUGCCGGAUCCUUUCCUGGGCUGGUCUGACAGCAGACACCAGGACUCCAUGUGAGGACAUGGGCUGUGGACUGAGAUGGAUGUGUGUUCAAACUUCAGUGCUUACAACAUGACCCAGUAGAGGUUUUUGAUGGCUCUCAUCAUCUGUUUCUUGGAUUUGUAUAUAAUUGAGAUAAUACAUGGAGGACAUUGGCCAUGUAGGAGUUUCCACAUGCAGCUGCCAUGCCAAUUGCUGGUUUGGGUCCAGGGCACAGGGAGGAGGGUAAGCAGUUAAGGGACCUGGGAGGAGCAAGCCAGGCCUCCUGCGAUUUCUGCUUGACUCUGGGCACAAUGUGGGCAGGUGGUUAGCCCCCAGAAGUCUCACCCACAUCUGUCUGUGCCAAAUAUGCAUUCAGCAAAUGGGAGAAGGGGAUGAAGAAUGUGGGUCUUGCUUUAAAUGGCAGCUGAAAGCACCGUCCCUAUGUGCAGCAGGUUCUAGGAAGAGGAUUUUCUUGUGACAAGCUGCAAACAGAGCUGCUUUGGGGCAGUGAGUGUCCAGGCACGAGGGGGCCUGACCUGGCUCUAGCCUGAACCCCUCCCCGCUCCUUCUCUCUCUUUGUCCCUCUGUUCUCCAUCCUCAGUGGCCUCUGUCCUGAGGAGGAGUUCCUUUCUCUUUCCUUAAGGUUCAGCCCUUAUGCCCAGGGUACAGAAAUCACAUCUUAUCUGCUAUUCUUUUUGAUACUCCUCUCCCCUGGAUUUGUGUGAUCUACAGAAGAAUCCCACAUGCCUUCUAUGCCUUCAUCCAAGGUGUUGCUAAAAAUACUGAACAGGUGGGGCGCCUGGGUGGCUCAGUCGGUUGAGCGUCUGACUUCGGCUCAGGUCAUGAUCUCGCGGUCUGUGAGUUCAAGCCCCGCGUCGGGCUCUGUGCUGACAGCUCAGAGCCUGGAGCCUGUUUCAGAUUCUGUGUCUCCCUCUCUCUCUGACCCUCCCCCGUUCAUGCUCUGUCUCUCUCUGUUUCAAAAAUAAAAUAAACGUUAAAAAAAAUUAAAAAAAAAAAAGUACUGAACAGGUGACCUCCCAGGUGAAACCUUUGGUCAUCUGACUGCAGGUGUCUUGACUUCUUUCCUGCAGGAUGAGGAAUGUGGCAGGCACCCUGACACUGUCCUUCUAGACAGGUGUGACAACAGGCUAUCAGUUGGUUACUGCCUCACUUCUAGUUGAAUAAAUAUAUCCUCACACUUUUUCAUGAGUUAAUUAGCAAGACAAUAGGCCCUUUAACUCCUAGCACCCUAAGUAAGUGGCUUUCUCUGUACCGAGGGUCUUACAAAGAGGCCUAGUGAGAGCUAAGGGGAAAUGAGUGUGGGAUGAACCCACUUGCUUCUAAUGAAUAGGAUAUGGCAAAUUAACAGGAUGGCACUCUGCUAUUUGGUUACCAAAAGACUCGGGGGUGCCUGGAUGGCUCAGUCAGCUAGGCAUCUGACUCGUGAUUUCUGCUCAGGUCAUGAUCUCGCUGUUGUGAGGUUGAACCCUGCAUCAGGCUCUGUGCUGGGUGUGGAGCCUGCUUGUGAUUCUCUCUCUCCCUCUCCCUCUGCACCUCCCCUACUCACUCUCACGCACACACUCUCU